AUGAUCGGAUUUUGGCCGGAAUUCGAAGGCGCUGCGUGUUAUGCGGCGCGCAAGUACUUCGGAGACAAUAACAGACGAUGUUCUCGAAAAAAAGAGUACGAAACUUAUCAGAUAAAUAAAAUUCAAGUCAGCAUUUUUAAUGUCAAGUGCUUGGGAGAUAUCGCAACUAGAAGUUAUUUUUUGUUGAAAAAAACUGUAUUUUUGGAAAUAUUGUUUCCACGAAUCAAAAAAAUAACUGGAUGCUAG